GUAAAGCAGUAGAAGCAUCGUGAACAUGUAGGUUGUGGACUAGUUAGCGAGAUGUCGUUGAGAGGCACAAAGCGGUCGUCUGGGAUGCGCGGUGAUGAAGCCGGUGUAUCCAAGCGCCGCAGGACGGAGCCCGAGGAUGCUCUCUGGCAGCUCCGCCCAGUUAGUGACCUCAAGAUGUCAUCAAUUUAUAACAGGAGUGCCUCAGAGGCACCCGCUGAACUAUUCAGAAAGGACCUUAUCAGCGCCAUGAAAUUGCCCGACAAUGAGCCCCUGACACCAUCUUCGUACUGGAUAAUAACUGACACGUGGAAGCAGGACUGGGAGAGAGGAGUUCAGGUGCCGGUCAACCCUGACUCCCUCCCCGCGCCUAAGGUCAAGAUCAUUGACAAUCCACCGCCACCCAACUUUCAGGAAUUCAAAUUGCCUAAAGACAAAUACGUGCACCUGAGUCGCGAUGCUCACUACCAUUCGGACAAACAUCUACUGAGUCAAACGCCGGCGCGUGCCGAGGCCGCUUGCAGUUACGACUUGGAUGCCACUGACACCGCGUGGCUAAAACUCCUGAAUGCAGAGCGCGCGAGGGCGGGUGCCCCACCAGUCACCGAAGACCAACUCGAAAAAGUCAUCGAGGAGUUGGAGAUUCGUAGCUGGGAUAAAAUCCAGGCAAUUGUGAAGUCUGAGGAGGGCCUCGGUAUCGAGUACGAUGAGAAUGUCAUCUGUGACGUUUGUCGGUCCCCCGACUCGGAGGAUGGCAAUGAAAUGGUGUUCUGCGAUUCUUGCAAUAUUUGCGUGCAUCAGGCCUGUUACGGCAUCACCGUUAUCCCGGACGGUCAGUGGCUGUGCAGGCCGUGCGGCGACGGCGUGCGGCCCAGCUGCGUGCUGUGCCCCAACCACGGCGGCGCCAUGAAGUGCACGCCCUCCGGGCACAAGUGGGCGCACGUCAGCUGUGUGCUAUGGAUCCCCGAGGUCUCCAUCGGCUGCGCGGAGAUUAUGGAACCGAUCACCAAAAUAUCUUCCAUUCCACCCUCCCGAUGGUCCCUCGUUUGUGUAUUGUGUCGUAAUCGCAAGGGCGCUUGCAUUCAGUGUUCGGUAAAGACGUGUAAAACUGCUUACCACGUAACCUGCGCAUUCAAGCACGGGCUUGAAAUGCGGGCAAUUAUCGAAGACGAAAACGCCGACGACGGUGUUAAAUUACGUUCCUAUUGCCAAAAGCAUAGUGUUAAUUCUAAGAAAGAAAAGUGUCCGGGUUCAGGCGAGGAGGAGGAUGAGGUAAAACGAAAGCGUAGGAAAGAUAUGACGUCGGAGGAGAAGACGCAAGCUCGAGCCGCUCGCUUGCAUGAGAUUGAGAGGGAAUUCGAUAAACACGUAAGUGUCAAGGAUAUAAGUACACAUCUCCUUGACGUUGAUCAGGACGCUAUUAAUUACAUUUACAACUAUUGGAAGCUAAAGAGGCGAGCAGGGCACAAUCGUCCCUUGUUGCCACCCAAGUCGGACGACACCGAGGUGCUGACUCACAGGCAGGAGCAGGCUGACAUCGACAAGCUCAAGAUGUUCGUGCAGCUGAGGCAGGACCUGGAGCGGGUACGGAAUCUCUGCUACAUGGUGAGCAGAAGGGAAAAGCUCUCUCGCUCAUUCUUCCGUAUGAGGGAACAAACGUUUCACAAACAAGUGGCUGUGCUAUCUGCAGCUGGCGACAUCCCCCAGCAAGAGCUGUCAGCCAUCAUUGAGGCUAAUCACGGACCUUCAAUAUAUGACAAACUAUACUCUCACGACAAUGCACCUGAUCAUAAGAAUGAUUUCGAAGAGUUGCUAGCCCGCAUCGCGCCACCAGAAUCAGGCGACGAGAAAAAGAAAGAUCGCAAUGGGUUAGUCAAAGGUUCGAAGUCAUCAAAUCCGUACAAGAAACAUUACGUAAAUGGAUCGCGACGUAGUGGCAGUAUGUAUAGUGGACUGUCCAGCGAGGAGAGUGCGCCGGAGAUGGCGCGAUCCAGUAGGUUCCGAACCAAAGUUGGUUCUAGUACAGAUGACGAAGGAAGGAGAGCUGGAACAUCACCAAAGAAAAAGGUAUCUCCUAAGGGCAAAGGCAAGAGAUCUCCUAAGAAGACUGAAAGGAAGAAGAAGAAGGUACCACAGUCUAAACCACUAAUUGAGAGCAGCAGUGACGAUGAAUCUUUGAAUUCCAGAUUGAAGAAAGAUCGAUCUCGCAGUAAAACGCUACAGCAAAUGGAGAAAGAAAUGACGGCUGGGAAGAUGGGUCAAUCCGGAACAGACAGCGAUGACCUAAUGCCGAUAAGACCUACUAUGAGAAACAGCAAGUUCCCUAUCGACAUAUACUCAGACAGCAGCGAGGACAACAAGUCCGACAAAGCCGAUAAAGUCAAGUCAGAUAAGGUUAAAACUGAAAAAGAAAAACCGGACAAAGUCAAGGUGGAAAAAUCACCAAGUGGUAAUGAUUCUCAACAAUCUCUGCCAAGGACUAAGGCUGCUAUGAAAGAAUUUAUUCCAACUCAACCCGAGAAGAAAGCAACUACAAGUCCGGAAGAGGACAAGCCUGGUCCGAGGAAGAGAGGCAGAAAGCCUUCUAACAAAGACAAAAAGAUGCCAUUACCGCAAAAGAUUAAAACAGAAUCGGAUGAUGAAGCUAAAAAUAAAGAGAACAUCAAAUUCUCCAAACAGAAGGAUCACCCGACAGAUCUCAUUGUUCCACAGCGGCAGGCAGCUAAGAAAGCUUCCGAAAACAUGCGCUCGACCACUGUUGUCAAAAAGGAUGAAACAGUUCCUGAACAACGAGAAAUAAAACAAUCAACAAGCGGUGAUGACACCAAACCGAAACCAGUGGCAAAACCAAGUGAAAAGGCUAAAUCAACUGGUAAAGGCAAAGAAAUAAAAGACGCUCAUUCUUCAAAAGUUAACAAAAAGAAAUGUAAGGAGACAGAGAAGGAACCCAUUGCUUAUGUACCUCAAAGACAGGCAGCGAAGAAAGCAGCCGCUCAUAUCAAGAGUGGACUGGGUACGAAGGCACCAGUACCCGACAACGAAACAGAGAAAAAGAAAGAUGCAGAUAAAUCUGAGCCAAAAUUAUCGCCUAAGAAAGAGAAGGAAGAGGCCAAAACUUCGAAACCCGCUCAGAAGGAAAGCUCUAGUUCGUCUUCAAACUCAAGCAGCAGCAGCUAUUCAUCUUCAUCCAGUUCUGAGGAAGAACCUGAAAAAUCAAUGAUCAAGCCCACCGCUAAGGCACGCGCGAUCAAACCGGCCACGACACGCCAGCCGUCAAUGUUCUCACCUCCUGGCUCUAGACCUACAGUGGACUUGCCCUUUCUCGACAGGGUGUCAAAACCAUUGUCUUCCACUAGUGCCUCGAGUGAUUCUGACAGCUCUAAAGUGUCCGACCGAUCCCGCUCAGGAAGCCCCUACCCCAAAAGGCCUCGACGAAGGAGAAAAGGCAAGAGCGAGUCCACUGAUGCCUCCCCACGCAAGGCGCCGCCAGAUAAGAAGCUUAAAACUUCCGAACGGCGGUCCGAGUGUAGGGUACCAUCACCGACUCCUGAAGGAGAGGAACCUAGCCGACCCAGUGAUGCGCGCGCUGCCACACGUGCUCGGACCAGAAGCACUACUUCAGGCGGAAAUAUGCCUAAUAAGUCUGAUGCCCGACCUAGAAAACCAUCUAAAGACGAAGCCCUUACCGCUACACCCAAUAAAACACCCAAAGAGGGCAGCCAGUCCAGUGAACUUCCAUCUGCGGAACGGAAAGAGGACACGGAGGUGAAGGAAGAGGUCAAAGUGGAACUCAAGGAGGAGAUUAAAGAGGAGCCAGUGGUUGAGACACCCAAGAAUUAUGCUAAGUCUAAAACUAACAAGCUAAAGAGGCGAAGCGAGUCUAAUGACGACAGGGAGAAGGUCAACAAGACUAUUGAAAUUGAAGUACCGCCAUUACAGAAAGUCAGUCCGAAGAAGAGUGCUGAGCCCAAACAUAAGUCAUUGAUGAACAGGCGAAUGAGUGUUAAGGACACAGCGCCUAAAGACCGCUCUAUUUCUAAUGAGACUCGAGAGCCGGCCAAGAAAGAUAGGCGUAUGAGCGUGGCACAUAGUGUCGCUGGGUCCGACAAACCGGCUGUGUCGCCCACUAAAAAGAAGACAACGCAACCAAGGAUUGAAAUAGAGAUACCGCCAAUGGAAAUUAUUGACAAGAAGAGUCCUAUCCACAUCAACACAGAUUACCAUGACAAUGAUAAGCAUUGGUUGCCAAAAGCGCCCAGUCCAAAUGCUAUUCCGCCGCAAGUAGAAAAGCCGGGUGGCAAUGAGAAAUACAUAGAUGACAAAUCCAUGGAUUCUGAUUACGCCGAUAAGAGCAGUGUUAAAAUGAUGGCUAAGAUACAAGCUAACCUCAAUGAAAAUACCAUGAUUAAAUCACCGAAGACGCCGAUGGACGCGAGAACAAUGAGUAUUGAACACAUGGAGGUUGAGAACGUGGCUAGGAAUAUGAGGAAGCGUUCUGCAGAAAAGAAGUUUAUAACGCAGGAUGCUAGUCACGUUCAAGGAGUAGAAAUUUCCAAGAGUGCUAAAAUACCAUCGGCCGUAAACCCAUAUCCAAACAGAUCCAUAUUCUCGCCUCAGUCAAAAGACAACGAGUUCCUCGACUUCGAAAUGAUGGCUGUUGACGAUGGAUUUAACCACGAUGAUAUCAUUAAACCUUUUGCGACGUACCCAGAAUUCUUCUUCAAAGAGGAUUCUAAGCAAGGUGUGCAGGAAACUCUUAACCUAGUAGACAGGCUUCGGAUAAGGCUGAGCACAAAGAAGGUGCCGCCCGAGAACCCUGAUCAAGAGGAACCGAUACUUGUGCCUGAUGACAGUGAUCAUAAAGACAAUGAUGUCACUGCUGCUUGUAACUUGGUUAAGGCUGAAGAUAAUAAUAGUUCGCCUCCAAAGAAGCACACUCCUACUGAAAGACCAGUCGAGCGAUCGCCUCCAAAAGAAUCGCGACAGACCACCAACCAUGUACCGCGAAGAGGGUCCUCAAUAGAUAGAGAUUUGCCUUCAGGAGAUACUGCGAUGGAUGCUAAAGAGUUCCAGCCCAUCGCCAUGACGAGCAACGAGAAGUGGUCGAACGUGCCGGUAUCUGUGUCACAGCUGGACACACAGAGUCAGUCUGCCAAUGACAGGAAAUACGAUCACUCAAGCACAUACGCCGAUGAUGUCAAAGAACCCAUAACUGUGCAAUCAGAUGUCCAGUCCGUAUCUGAAGUCGGAGACGCUAUUUCAAUAUCUAAGCAAAGUGACGAUUCCCAAUCUUUGUCCGUGGUCGACCAUUCUGUACACAGCAAUGACGUAGAACUAGUACAUGACAACCAAAACUAUGACAACAAUGAAAUGAUACAUUCAGAUUGUGCCACGAUAUCUUCACCGCAGUACGUAAGCCAAGAAAAAUGGCGCGAGAGUAAGAUAACUACGCGAAGAUCGUCUGCAUCUAGCACUAACUCUGAAGCGUCCGUGAGCUCUCAUAAGAAUGCACGAAAAUCCCGUUUGAAUUCAAGUGAUCUACGUCCAGGUAAUGUGAUGCCUGCAAUAGAUACGUAUCCACCUAUCCCGGCAUAUUCGCGUCCCGUGGAACCGUCGAUGCCGCUGAACCAGUACACGACGUACCCGCCCGAAGCUUCGCCGUUCCUGAGCUCGUUGCCUCUGUUCGCGGGCGGGCCGCCGCUGCCGCUGCCGUCGCCCGGGCCCGGCCUCUAUGGCACCAUGCCCUACUCGGCAGCCCCGCCCCCGCUCAAGUCUACCUUCUACAGCGCUGCGUUCACAUCUUCAUCACAGAACAUGGCGCUCACUACAGCAAUGAUCGCUCCCCCUACGCCGAAACCUCCCGAUUCGCCUCGAGAUGAAAUUGACGUGACCGGCAGCGAUAAAUUCAUUCACGUUGUGUCCAGCCCGAGCGUGAGCGUCGAUUCCUAUGAAACCAAUAGUAAUAGAGCGCCAACGAAGAUGUCAAACGAUAGUAAUGAAACUAUGACCAGCUUACAUCCGCAGGAAUCUAAAUCUCCACCAAAACUGAGCAAACCGACAACCAAGUUCCCUGGCAAGUCACCGGGCAAGAGCCCCGGUAUCUCGCCUAAGCAAAGUGAUGCUCCUAAAGGAACCAAGCGACCGAGCAAUCGCAGCAACAGAAGCCAAAGAGGUCGCGGACGGUCCAAGAGCCGCGGCCAAGGGUUCUCCGUCGACUACAUGGGUAAUUCCAUACAAAGCAAGCUUGUCGGCACAGUUUAUGACUUUGAUGAAGAAAUCGCGAAUGAUGGUGUCGACUUAAAAGCUCUUCGCGACAAGCGAAAAUCUAUCGAUAUUCGAGAUGAUAGGAAGUCUGAACAUUCAUACAAAGAUGCGUCUCAAUCUCCUCGCGUCCUCACUCCUCCUCCAAGCAAACGCGCUCCGCCGUCCGACACUAAAGACAUCAAACCUCCCUCGCCUGAACCCGCGGACACGAACUCGUCCCCCGCGUGCGCGGAACGUGGCCCGGGCUUCUCGCAAGUGGCACCCGUCUUGCCCGGCCCGGUCGAUAUGCGCACAUAUCAACCUUUCGAGAACCCUGCGCCCGCCGCAGAAAACGAUUACCAUUUGCUAGCGUUUGCUAGCGGCACCGCCGAACAGCAUUUAACUGAGAUAGACGAAGAAGUUGAGAAACAACUUCAUACCGCACUAAUGGCAAGUAAUCCACAGACAGGUUCCCCAUCGCAGCAGCCAGCGGAGCCUGCAGAGCCCCCGAAACAGACAUACGUUCCCCAGCUACCUAAAGUAUCACUAUCAGAUUCGAGAAACCAACUGAAGGUAAAGAUCAAAGGGCCAUUCUUGGACGCGAACUAUUCGGCGAGCUCGUCGCAGCCGGUGGCGCCGCCGCCGCCCGCGCCUGCGCACGAGCCCGGCACCAGCACCAUGACGCCGGCCGCCGCCGCCGCCUCCUCCAUGUCGGGCUCCACCAACCUGCGCCGCAUGCGCAAGAAGGAGCUGCUGCGCCAGUACUGGACGCAGGACAUGAACAUGGACGACCCCACGCACCCCGCCACGGUGGGCGCGGUGCCGCCGCCCGCCGUGCCCUCGCCGCUCACCCGCGCCGUCAUCACCAUCCCUAAAGCCGUCGCCUCUAUGACUAGCAUACCCACUCGAGAGGACUACAAAAUUACUGACAGUCCCGUAGAAAAGAAAACUAAACGCAAAACUACCAGCGGCCUCUCCAGAGAGUUGCGACAUCUAGAAGUGAGCAUGAAUGUCGAUGUUGAUCCCUCAGAUGAUGUGAAAUUGUCCUCGAUAGCUGGCACUUCGGGACAACAGGCGCACAAGCGCCGCGGUCGCACGUCUACUAAGCCGAACAGGGCGAAUGCGACGUCACCGGUCGCUCCUAAACUGAAGAUAAAGAUAGGCAACAACACGGUGCAGCAGGUGCCGGCACCCGCGGCUCCGCCCGCCGACGAGCCCGCCGGCACCACCAUCUACCGACCGCCUAAGAAGCGAAUCAUUGCGAACAAACCGAGCUUGGAAGACUUGCGACGCGAAAGCAUGAAGUACCGUCGAAUGGUGAUGGCGGACUUUGAGGAAGACGAGAAAACAACUAAGACCAAGCCCAAGGGCGAAAAGAGUGAGAAACGUAAAAAGAAAAAGGACAAAAAAGCUGAAAAACUUCAAGUGGUGAACAGUGAAAGUGACAGUGCUACAAAGUUGAUUAUAAAAAUAAAGCGCACGAAGGAGGAGGAGUUGGGCGAGGCCGCGGCGGCAGGGCCGUCGACGAGCGCCGCCCCCGCCGCGCCCCCCGCCGUGGCGGAGCCGGCCAUCGACCCGUUCGAGUACGACCCGUCGGCGCCAGACCCGCUGGCCAUCGACCCGCCCUCCUACUCCGAGGCGUCGUCCGCCAUGCGCAAGGUGCGAACCGACAAGGUGACGCCCAUCCGGUUAAAACUCGCGCGCAGCUCGGAAGGCUAUGUGAUGAAGGAGCCCGAGAGCGCGGAGCGUGCGCUGCCCGUCAACAACAAUAAACACUGUGAAGUGAGGUGAUACAAGUCGCGCGCCGCCGCCGCUCCGCGCUCGCUCCCUUCUAAGGACAAACCUAACUCGUCGCGUAACAAGUUAGUCAAACAGCCUAACAAUAACAGUGCGGGAUCUAAGGCUAAAAAAACUAAGGGCAAGGACUAGAACUGUGUUUCAAUAGAACAAGUUAAAAUCUCCUGUAUAGUUAAACUAAAACUGAUAUUGUCUGUAUAUUUUUUAAACAAUAAUAUCUCUAUCAUGAUGUAGUUUAUUAUUAUUAUAUUACAUAUAUUAUUUAUUUGUAUAAAAGGAAAGCUCAAUGAUUAACUUAAAGUUAUUCUAAGGUUAUAUAAAUUGUGCAUUAUGCUGUGCACAAGUAAAUCUUUAUUAUAGUAUAGCAUAUAUAUUUUUGUUAAAGUUACUGUUUUACUUUGUGCCUCAUAUGGAAUCUCAUUAAUUUUCAUGAAUUAAUUGUGUAAUUUUUGAAAAUAAGUUACGUAUGUUUAAUUCUGAACGCUUCACAAUCACUUAACUCAUCACAUACUAUGUUACCGUGUGCAUAGCAUUUAUACAAGACGACAGUCGAUUUAUAUGUAUAUUAGAGUUCUGUGUCACUCGAGGCGAAACACAGUGGCACACGCUUCACCAAGCUCCGGUAGGUACACACCAAGCUUUCCCGAGCGGCACUCAGGCCGCAGCCUAUAACUCGCAGACUGCCACACACGCUAGCUAGCAUUUUCUGUGACUAGCCAAACGCAUUCAAUCUUCUAUACUCACUCUUAUCGAAUUACUUGUCUCCCGCUCACGCAGGACCUCACCCUAAUAAUAUAAGUAAUUAAAAAGUCACCGAUAAAAAAGAACCACCACCGGCGCGGUGGCGUAUAAUUACAAUAAUAUUCAAUCAGAUCAUGGUUUGAAUUUAACCAAAGAUUGAUUACAAAAGUUACUGCAUACGAACGGGCAUUAAUACUGAUAUAUUUGACAUGUUUCCUGCAACAACCAACGGAACACCAACAUUCACACUCGACAUAUACAACUGCAUACAUUCACAUCUCUGUUCUGCUCAUUUUACAAAGAGCUUGUCACAAAACUUAGCUAAUAUAAAGUACAAGUAAGAUUUUCAGAUAAAAUAACCUGACUGUAAAAUAAGCAGAAUUUGUGAUGAACUACUUGAGAGCUGUGUGCCAUUACAUAAGGAUACAUGUACAGCGCUGUUGCCAUCCGAACUUAGACGCUGUAUAAACAGGAGUAGGGUAUAUUAUUGUCUAUAAAAUACCUUAAUUGAGAUAGCUAAUAAAGUGGAAUGUAAUAAUUUAGCGCAGGCUGUCCGUGAUUGAAUGACCACGCAUCUAGACAUAGGAUACUAUAUGUUACAGACUAGAAUUUUGUGUUAGUGUGUACGGUAUUAGAUGUACUACAAUUCAAGUAACUUAGAUAAAUCAAGUAUGGAAUUAAUUAGAAGUCUAUAAGCGCAUAGUGCGUAGUUAAUUGGGUUUAGUUCUGCUGUGCACGGCGCAUUGCCGAGUACGCGUUGUUGUACAGCGAUGCUUGGCAAAUGCACAAUGUACCACAGAGCUGCAUUCCAUCUUGGUAUUUUGUUUUCCUAAUAGAAUGUAAAACGAUGUAAAUAUAUUCGAGGUUUCAUGACCGCGUGGUUGUCCAUUGCGUACGGCCUUUUAACAUAAAUUGCUUAUUACCUAUUCAUAUCAUUUUGACAAUUAUCAAUAAUUAUAAUUAAGGUAUCAUUUUGAAGUUAAAUUCAAUGAACUGAUUGGAAUAUUUAUUUGAUUAUAAAUAACUGUUUAGCGUAUGCUAUGUGAUGCUGGAUAUUUCGGUUGGUAAUAUCAGCUGAUAUUUAUAACUUUCUCAUAGACUGAAAAUGACAAAUUUGAACAGAUUAACAGAUGGCAAUAGAAUAUUGGAAUAGAAACUCGCUGAAUGCUCGUACAAGUCUGAUGGUGCCACAGAGUCAUUACGUAGCAUAUGCUGAACGUGUAAUAAGUUAUUAGUGACGUGAACACAAUAUGUUUAAUUUGUUUGUGCAAUAUUCGGCAAUACUCAUCGUAUAGUCAAAGAUUGAUUGUCCGUAGAAAUGGUGUGUUAGAUUUAAGUGCGUGUCCGUUAUUCAUAAGUAUCUGAUUUUCUUUCCCCAUUGUAAAUAAAAUAUUAAAUAGUGUUCUAAGGUCAUGUCCAGAUUUGCGAUUCAAAAUCGACCGAAGCUAUUUAUUUUUAAAGUUCAGUUUCCUGUGCAGGAUAUGUUGAAUAUGGAUAGAAAAGAUUUUUACGGUUUAGUUUUUGUUAUGUAUUGUUUAUUUGGCUAAGUUUUUGAUCCUGGUUUUCAGUUUAUUUAACUAUUGUGAUGCAACUUAAAAUGAUUAAUUUGGCCUAAUGGAUGAAAUGUACUUUUUUUUUCUAAAUUGAAUACCUAAGAAGGUAUAGAUCUGGACAGUGCCUUAGUACAAGGACUAAACUUAGUAUUGGUCGCACGGAGGUAGCAUACUGGCCGCGGCCUAUCAAUGAGCUUAGUAUAAAACUAAAUGUUUAAAAAUCACAUUUUCGUAAUAUUAAAUUAGCUUAGUACCUAUCUGAAAUGAGUAAUUGCGAAUUCAAUGUACAUGGUAAUCGUAAAUCAAUUAUUGGAAACUAUGUAUAAAUAAUUUUCGUUCUUGACAUCAAUCAAAUGUCAAGUGCAGCGGAAAGUCAAGUUUUUUCUUGUUUGGGAAAUAGAAGUAAAUUAUGUUUGUGCUAUCACAAAACCGAAUUAGGUUGUAGGCUGUGCUUAGUUUUGCUUUAUUAUUUAUACAAAGAAAAACAUCAAAAUGAAGUGCAUCUCCGGAGUUUUAAAGUUCUAAAUUGUGUGCACGAGUUUACUAUGUGAGAAGCAUUCUGAUUUUUUAUACUUUUAUAUUUUUAAUACAAUUAUGAGAAUUGGACUGUCAAGAGACAUAACCCAUAUUUAAAGAAUCUACUAACACGAUCAGUUAUUGCAUUUAAUUACAGUAGAAUUUGAAUGGUGCCCGUAAAACAAAUGAUAAUAGCAAUCAGAAAACUUAAUGCGACCGACUUGUAAUUAUUCUCAGAAACAUAGGCUAGGGAAAACGAAGAGUGCAAAAUUGUGUUAUGCAAUAAAAAAUCAGGCCACAUUCAUGUCAGUAUUUGUUUGUUUUAAAUUAUUCAUCACAACUUUAAAAAGCUGCAAUCUUAAAAAUGUUAAAAUGCGGGAUUUACCGAAUAUCGUUUAAAUAUAAAUAAAACGAUUAUUUUACGAAAAUGUAGAUAUUCAGUCUGUGUGCAAUGAAAUUAUCACAUAACUUCAUAAUAAAAUUAAAAACCUCCACGGUCUAAAGGACGAGGUUUCGUUUACAUAUUGUGAGUAAAUGUUAACAAAAUGUAAAUAUUAAUUACUUACCUUUAUUGUAGCUUACGUACGUUCCAAAACGGAAAUUCUAAAUAUCAAUAAUAAGCAAAUAUAAAAAUGCUUAGUUAUUCGUGUCUAAAUAAUCAAUAAUUUUAUCCAUAAUAUAAAACAAAGUUACCAUACUUUUAAAUUAUUUAUAUUUGUAAAUAACGUGGUUGCAACUUAUUUCGUGGUCAGAAAUUAUUUUUUCCUUAAGUCUACAAGAAGUAACAGAAUUAUAUUAAAAACAAAAAUAAUUUAUUUUGAUAUACUGAGAUUUUUUCAUACAGUCUUAUGAGUGUGGGUCCUAUGAAAUGAUUGUCUUCUAUAAUUCUCCAUUAACAUGUAUAUAAUUUACGUAGCUGACAGUAUAAUAAUUUUAAGACCAAUAUUAAUCAAUUAAUAAUCACAGGACAUUUUUCCAAACCAAAUUGUUUACCUCGGUGUUCCCAAAACGCUUUGAACUCAGCUUCCAUUAUCCAUUACUAACUGAACCGCUGAGGCGGAGCCCACAAUUGUGUAAAGUAUUCACUAAAGUAACAAACUUCUUCCAUACUUAGUUAAGUCUCUUAGGAACAUGAAAACAAUCGCGAUACAGAUUCAUUUACUCAUAUUAGUGUCAUAUUUUUAUAAAUGGUCUCUGUUGUAUGUGUGCUAAUAGUUAUACAUGAACGGCUUAACUUUUAAUCUACGUCAGAGCGUCACAGGUUGAACUCAAUUUUAAUGAUACACCGUCAAUGGCGUAUUUGUCUCAUAAACUUUUUAAUUCUACGGGCAAAUCCGGAUUAAUCAGGGUGGAGCUCUCGAAAUGUUCAAGGCACUUAUUAAGUCUCAAUAUUUAUGAAAAACUUAGUAUUUAGGUAUGUUGUAUAAUAAUUAUAAAAUUUGGAAUCGUAUUUAUUGGUAGACUAGAGAAAUAAUGUUAGUGUAACGCAGUUUGCCCACCCCUACAAAUUUAAAUCAUUCUGAUAUUACCCACAGUGUCGAUGUUGCCUACCAGAUAUGCUACUGUCUAUUAUGAAGACUACAUAUAUUAAUAAACUAAUUAUAUUCAUAAACUUAAUAAAUAAGCCAAUUUCUGAGCAGGCAUUAUUGACAUUGCAUAAGGGAACGGACUUGCCCAUUUCCGUUGGCCACAGAAUUUCACAGUGUAGCCACAUUGUCUAUAUUUAAAACUUACGGUCUAAAACCCCCGUGUAGAGCUUAAUAUACCCAUUUUAGUAUUUUCGACGGAUUUUUCAAGUGUUUUGAACUAUAGGCAAUGUGAGAGUUGAAAAGCGUAACGAAAACAGAAAUACGUAACGAUACAUAGCAACCAUAAGCUAUACAAGAAUAUUCAAUUCUAUUAAGUUACAGCCUCAUAUAAAUCAAACAACAGAAACUAAGAUUUUGGCACCAUUCUUGUGAAUUUUUACAACGAUUCAAAAUAAAGAAAAUAUUUUAAUUAGUAAUCUUAUCAAUCCAGUAUAUGAGCUCGCGAACAAUAUUUAAUUUCGAAACAAAAAUGUUUGCUCUGUGAAGCUAUAAUUAUAAGAAUAUUCAGACUUUGUCCAAAACCCUUCUUAAAAACUUUUAAGAACAGUCUCCAUCUACAAAAUCACAUAAGGAUUCGUCUUCCUAACAAAAGUUAUUAUUUUUCUUUGUUUCACUUUAUGGCGCUGGGGCGCUUUUGUGUCUUGCUUGAAUCAAAACGAAUAUAUAUUAGUGCAGGAGCGGAAGGAAUGAGGCCAAAUCACCUUGCAAAUAAAUAAGACAGCUAAGUCCGGGCAUUAUUUUUUAGUCUUACAAAAAGUUUGCACCGUGAUUCGUCUUCCUAACUAAAGUUAUUAUUUUUCUUUGUUUCACUUUAUGGCGCUGGGGCGCUUUUGUGUCUUGCUUGAAUCGUAACCAAUAUUAGUGCAGGAGCGGAAGGAAUGAGGCCAAAUCACAUUGCAAAUAAAUAAAACAGCUAAGUCCGGGCAUUAUUUUUUAGUCUUACAAAAAGUUUGCAUCGUGUUGACCUCUUUACUUGCGGCGUGUACAAACUCGUACGCACAAAUCUACUGAGUGACACGAGUAUCGAUCAGCAUCACAUUUUUUAUAAUUUUGUGUCGACCAUUACCUUGUUACUGUGAUUUGUUUUAAUUUAUAUAAUGAAUCGUUUAGAUUUUUAGGUAUAAUUUUUGUAUUUUGAGAUUCCGACUGCAGGGAAUAAAAAAACAUUUGAUAAAUGUACAUAUGUUUAAAAUUUCCUCUGUUGAUAAAAUAUUUUUUAUAUAAGUAGGUGUAUGUAACUUUUUUUAAAUAUUUUGUUGAAAAACUAGUAAUAAUGAUUGUAUUUUCUUAAUUUAGAAACGUUAUUAUUGCUACGCUGUAAGCGCAUUUUGUAACGAGUAUUUUUACUUUACCAGUUUAAUAAUCAAGUGUUGUAUGGAAUUGUAAUUUACGUAUUGUAAGUUGAAUCGUUGUAUCUAAGGAUGUGUCUUGACAUGUUUAUGUAUUAAUGACAUGUAUGUAAUGUCCUACAUACUGAGGCCCGAUGUAGCGAUGUUAUAUAGUGCGGGGUCGCUGUCGCGCUCCGGUAGACUCGUGUAUAAGGUAGAGGCGGUCGCGCCCUAGCGUAAGUCGUAGUUGAUCGCGGUGUCGCCCGGACUCUAGCCAUGGCUGAGCGUCGCGCACCAGUCAUUAGCUUAUAGACAAAAUUCAAUACAUAUAUUAAUUAUAUUAUUUAUAUUGUAGAUUAUAUAAUCAGGUUAAGAAAUAGCUCUUAAGAGAUUUAAAAGAAUUCUUAUACCAUUAUCCGUAUAAGUAUUAUGAUCAACAAUAUUUCCAUUGUUUUUAAAUUAGUGUUGUUAGUAUAAAUAUAAUGUAACGUUUAAGAAUAAACUUGUACAAACUACUUAUGUACAGUGUGUAAAUUAAGAUGAUGAUGCUAAAAUGUCGCCUACAGCGAGCGGAAGGAAUAAGUGUAUCGUGGGUUUUGUAAAUAGUGUACAAGUAUAAUUAUGUAAUAUAACAAGUGUUUUCAAUGUGCACAUAGUCGCCUCAUUCAUUAAUAAAUUUUUUAGAUCAAUUAA